GAGAUGAGGUCGUCCUAGAUUAUUAAUAAACAUACACAUUUCUCUCGUUUACUUUUGAUACCAAGUCUUCUUCUCUGGGAUUGGCUAGAUCCGCCAUCGACUUAAGUGGGUAUUUUUGGAUUGUAAAUGAAUAUAUAUCCUUGGAAGAAAUCUCGAUGGUUUUGUCUUGAGAUUGACUGCAGAGUCGCCAUUGCAAGCAAAGUUUGUAAGUAGCAGACCAAGAGAAAGCUUUGGGUAUGAACAGCUUGCUACAAAACACUGGGAGGACGUGGAUAUAUUGCUAAUGGGUGCAGCGUAUCAGAUUCUUCAAUCUGUUCUUGGGCCCUUUUGGGAGCAAUAGUAUUGUUAUAAGUGUAUAUAUAUUCAGAUUCUCCAAUAAAAAAUUGUAUCUUGGGCUCUUUUGAGAAGAAUAGUAUUUAUAUGUAUAUAUAUUCAUAUACCAGAUUCUACUUUGUACUUUGAUGCAGUUUGUGAUUCAAUAUGUGGGAUCUCAACAAUAUGCCCGAGGAGCCUAGGCCUGUGGCCGAGGGCCAAAACGAGAGCUUAUCAAAUUCGCCUGAUGAUGACGUCUCGGGUUCGACUUCCAUCUCUACCAGCAACUCUGCUAAGAUCUUUGGGUUUUCUUUUGGUGAUGGAAAAGAGGAGAUGAAUAGUAAUAUUGGAUCGGGAGGCACCCACUGCGUUACACGCCAGUUUUUCCCAAUUGAGAAGGAGAUGGAGAUGGAGGCUGGGCUGCGAAGAGCCCAUUGGGUAGGACUUAAGUUUUCUUCUCCAUGGGCCUCACCCAAAUCCAUUGAAUCCCCUCCACCCAUGCUCAUAAAGAAGAGCAGACGAGGCCCACGUUCCAGAAGCUCUCAGUACCGUGGUGUUACAUUCUACAGGCGCACUGGAAGAUGGGAGUCCCACAUAUGGGAUUGUGGGAAACAAGUCUAUCUUGGUGGAUUUGACACUGCCCACGAAGCCGCCAGGGCAUAUGAUAGGGCAGCCAUCAAAUUCAGAGGCACAGAUGCUGAUAUAAAUUUUAGUAUUAAUGACUAUGAGGAGGACAUCAGCCAGAUGAAUAGUUUGUCAAAGGAGGAGUUUGUGCAUGUCCUUCGCCGGCAAAGCAAUGGAUUUCCAAGAGGAAGUUCUAAGUUCAGAGGCGUCACUCAGCACAAAUCCGGAAGAUGGGAAGCUAGACUUGGACAACUUCUGGGCAAAAAAUAUGUGUACCUAGGUUUAUUCGACGACGAAAUCGAAGCUGCAAGGACAUAUGAUAAAGCAGCAAUUGCAUACAACGGCAAGGAAGCAGUUACUAAUUUUGAUCCUAAAAUAUACGAAAGUGAUCUAGAUCUUCUAGAAACAAAAGAGAAUUUAGAUCUUUGUCUUGGCAACCCUGUCGAAAAAGAUGAGAGCAGAAUGCAUGAGUCAUCCAGUUUACGUGAUUCUCAUUCCACAAAGUCGUAUCAAACUAACACCAUGAUUGAAGAUAGGCAACAAAGUCGGAGCUUGCAUUCAAACGAGCUUAACAAGCCUUGUUCAACAACACAAGGCAAUAAGUUUCUAUCCUUCCAAAGUGGGGAGGAUUUUAAGUACAAGAGGCCAUUUAGGUUGUUAUCUCAGUUGGAAGGUAAUGGAUCAUCAGGGAAUCCACUGCCUUCUCUCUGCAAGGGUGGGUGGAGAGAUGAGAAGACAAGAGGAGUAUCAGCGAUGUUUGGAAGGGAGCAAAUAUCAUCAGGCUGGGUUAAUUGUCGAAUGCAGACAUAUGUUCAUGCUCCUCUUGCAGCAUCAUCAUAUGUUCAUGCUCCUCUUGCAUCAUCAUAUGUUCAUGCUCCUCUUGCAGCAUCAUCAUAUGUUCAUGCUCCAUCAUAUGUUCAUGCUCCUCUUGCAGCAUCAUCAGGAUUCUCACCCCAAAUACUAUUCACAACUAAUUCUUCUUCUGAUUGCCAACAGAAAACAGGAUUUCAUGUUAAAAUUCAACCUACAUUGCAUUCAAACAAUUUGCAUAAAACUACCUCUUCCAAUGGAACAAAAUCUAGUGACCACUUAUUAAACCUGUCCUUAGGCUCUUAAAAUAUAGGUUGCAAUCAAAGUCCUCUCAACAAAUUGUUAUUGGGCAUGGCUAUCAAUUUUGGCCCUUAUUAUCAUUGUCUUAACCAUUAUAGAAUUGCCUAUUUUGUAUUAUUAAAAUUAUUGUGGGGAUGUCUACUUUGAAAUAAAUAUUUAUAUAUAUUUUUAUUUUUA